GCAAGUCCCAGAAGCUUUCCCUCCCCGUGGGCUCCGGCAGGCUGCCUGCUGGGCUCUGAGGACCAGAUCCUGGACCCAUCCUUGGACAUCAGCUCCUAUGGCAGCCCUCACAGACCUCUCUUUCAUGUACCGCUGGUUCAAAAACUGCAAUCUGGUUCGAAAUCUCUCAGAGAAGUAUGUCUUCAUCACGGGCUGUGACUCUGGCUUUGGGAACCUGCUGGCCAGGCAGCUCGUAGACCGGGGCAUGAGAGUGCUUGCGGCUUGCCUCACUGAGGAGGGAGCCCAGAAACUCCAGCAGGAAACCUCCUACCAGCUGCAGACCAUCCUCCUAGACGUCACCAAGACUGAGAGCAUCAAGGCGGCAGCCCAGUGGGUGAGGGACCAAGUGGGCGAGCAAGGCCUCUGGGCCCUAGUGAACAAUGCUGGUGUGGCCCUGCCCAGUGGUCCCAAUGAAUGGUUGACCAAAGAAGACUUUGUGAAAGUGAUCAACGUGAACCUGGUGGGACUGAUUGAAGUCACCCUGAACAUGCUGCCUAUGGUCAAGAAAGCCCGGGGCAGGGUAGUCAACAUGUCCAGUUCUGGUGGCCUUGUCGCCGUCAUCGGCGGUGGUUACUGUGUCUCCAAGUUUGGUGUUGAAGCCUUCUCUGAUAGCAUCAGGAGAGAGCUUCAUUUCUUCGGGGUGAAGGUCAGCAUUAUUGAGCCAGGGAACUACCGGACAUCCAUUCUGGGCCACGAAGCUCUGCAGUCGCGCAUGAAGAAGCUGUGGGAUCGGCUGCCUCAGGAAACCCGGGAGAGCUACGGAGAGGAAUAUUUCCAAGUCUAUACUGAAAAAUUGGUUAACUUGAUGCAGUUGGCCCAUCCAAAAAUCAGUGAUGUCACCAACAGCAUGGAGCACGCUAUUGUCUCCAGGAGCCCCCGGAUCCGCUACAACCCUGGCCUGGAUGUCAAGCUUCUGUAUAUCCCCCUGGCUAAGCUGCCCACCUCUGUGACGGAUUUCAUCCUGAGUCGAUACUUGCCAAGGCCAGCAGACAGUGUUUGAGCAGGGGAGCUGGAGGGGUAGCCUGUGGGGCAUAGAGGAGGGGACAAAGGAUUGUGGGGUCACAAGAGGCGACAUACCGACAUCUUGUGGGUAUCUGACACCCAUUGUUGUCAUGUCUCCCCACUUCUACUGAGGCCUCCGGAAAUCUGAUGUGGCCCACGCUGAUUUAGAGAGUUGCCAUAUAGACCCCAAGACACCUCUCACCUAGGCACAUACACGUGGUCCCAGCCCUGGAAAAGUCAAGGAGAAGACAGCUGGCUUCUGUUGAAUGACAAGCUGUGACCACCUCUGUAGAAUACCAUGGGAAAAUCUCAGUCCCCUCCCCACGGCUGUCUGCACAAGCACUGACCUACCCAUAUAUGAAAUAUGUAAUAUAGCACCAAGAACUGCCAGAGUACCCAGAGAUGGUCUUAAAUUGUCCCCUUUUCUUUGUGUUCCUCUAUCUGUAGGUGAUUGGGAUCCACAUAACACCUCUUUAAUCACCAUUGAUUAAUGUUUCAAAUAUUUAUUGAGUACUAACCACCUACCAGGCACUGAGGUUCUGGGGGUAUAGGAGGAUGUGAAAUCAAGAUCUUGGAUUUUUAUUGUCUACCUUGUGUUUUAUUUUGUUACAGUAGCUAGCAACAGAGACAGGACAGUGGGAGGAGGGACAGAAAUCAGAAAAUGAAAAUUGGAGUUACAAUGUAAUAGUUCCCUAACUUGGACUCUAUCAUAGUCACUCAAUUAAUCAAAGUACAUAUGGAUGCUGGAGAGGCGGCUCCGGGAUCCGGGUUAGAUUCCCACAUGGUGUCUCAUAACAAUUCAUAAUUCCAGUUCCAGGGGAUCUGAUGUCCUCUACUGGUCUCCACAGGCACACAUGGAAGCCAGGCACGGUGUCUCAUGCCUGUAAUCCCAACACUUGGAACUGAGAUAGGAGAAUUUUUGUGAGUUCAAGGGAAGACUAGAUUACAAAAUAAGACACUGUCCUGGGAAGCAAACAAAAAAUACAUAUGGAUGUUAAUGUUAGACAACAUGAUUUAAUAGACCCAAGACAGACACCAGGACUAUGAAUUGGUUCCAAGGCCCUAGAUGAGUCCCUGUGCACCUGGGAGCCACUGGUAACCCCACAGGAGAAUCAGCUAAUAUGCUCUGAGUGGGAAGCAAUUUACCCGAAGGCCCCCAGCUCACUGGUCAGAGCUCAAGAAUACAGAUUCCUUUUUUAUCUAUAGAAGAGUAACUGUAAUGUCUUCAAAUAUGUCAUGGAACUGAAUAAUACAUAUUCUUGAAAACAGUCAUGAACUUCUGGGUUAUAUGAGCCUUUGCUGAAAAGAAUUUUUUUUAGAUACUUAGUAUCAAACCCAGAGCUUGAGCGUUCUAGGCAAACCCUGUAUCACUGAGCCAUGUCUCCAACCCUCAGACUUUAAGUUAGGACUUUACCAAAUAGCUCAGGCUGGCCAUGAACUUGCGAUAACUUUCAAUAUUCCCUCAAACUCAUGAUUCUCCUGCCUCUGCUUCCAAAGUGCUGUGACUACAGACAUGGGCCACCAGUCCCAACAAUAAGGAUUAAAUAAAACUGUUAAAAUUUUUUGACUGUUUAUGCAAUAAAACUCAAAUAUGACUCUUUAAAAUCAAAA